CCCCCCCAGCACACCCAACACCCUGCACUACCAACAAGUACUGCUGGAUGAGAAGGUGGUUAAGAAGGUCACCAUCCAGAACAUCUCAGAGGAACUACUGGAGAUGACAUCAUCAGUGCUGGACCUGACUGGACCCUUUAUGCUGCUGAACGCCCUGAGACCCCUCAGACCCCGACACACACACACACUCCUCAUCGCCUUCACACCCACGCAGCAGAGACAGUAUCGCGAGGUGCUGGAGCUGCACAGUAGUCGUAUGAGUCUGCGGUUGACGCUGUGUGGAGAGGGGGUGGAGCCUAUGGUCACAUGCUCACACAGCGGACCAAUCAUGGACUUCGGACACCUGCUGGAGAACGACACCACAACGCAAGUCAUUAAGCUUUAUAACGGCUCCGUACUGCCGGUGAAGUUCAGUGUGUUAUUGGCCACACCCCCCGACAGCCCACAGCCUCCUGUCAGCCAAUCAGAAGACACCCAGAGCACAGACCUUUCCUCACACACCACAGAGCGUCCUACAGGAGUGUUUGCUGUGUGUCCUGAUGAGGCCGUCAUUCCGCCGGGAAAAUCAGCUGACGUCAACGUCACAUUCCAGCCUCAACACACACACACCUACACACAGGGGCUCACCAUACAGCUGUCUAACAAGCAAACGGUGUGUGCUGCGGACCUGAGAGGAGUAGCUCAGAAGAACAACCUGCAUCUUUCAGGAGUAGACCAGGGGCCCACACACACAGAUGACAAGAGUGUGUUGGUGAUUCUGAGGUCUGAUGGGGGUGCGGUCUCGCGAUCUCUGGAGUUGGCCUGCAUACGCACCAGCCAACCAGUAGCCAAGAAGAAUGUUGAGUUUGUGUGGGAGGGGUCUGCGGCAUUGAAGGGGAGUGGCUUCAGCGUGGACCCGCCCAAAGGAAGUGUGGAGGCCGGAGGAAGAAAAUCACUCAACAUCACAUACACACCUCCUAAAGGACACACACAGGACAUGGUGGAGGUGGUGACUCCUCUGACUCUGAAAGGACACGAGACGGAAAUUUACAACGUUACACUGCAGGCCUUCCCACCCAGAUAACACACACACACACACACACACACACACACACACACACACACACACACACACACACACACACACACACACACACACACACUGCAGGCCUACCCACCCAAAUAACACACACACACACACACACACACACACACACACACACACACACACACACA